AUGUCCAACGGCGAAUACCGACAUGUAUUUAGAAUAUUAUUUAGGAAUUUCAUAAAUUCUUUUAGACCGCGACAGAUUCGGGGAAAUCCAAUGGGUAAGGAUUACAUUGGUAAUAAGUAUUACGAAAUUCCUGCCGAUCCAAGCAGUGGUAAACGGAAGCCAAGCCGAUGGUAUGACCCACCUAAAAAUCUUGAUUUCCAGGACCCAAUACCAGCUGAAUGGGAGGCUUGGCUUCGCUUAAGGAGAACAGAGCCACCAACUGAAGAAGAGAUAGCAAAAAAUUUGGCGAUAGCAGAAAUGAAGAAAGUAAAUGCUGCAAAAUUAGAGGCUGAAAGAUUAUUAGAGCAGGGUUCUCUACCGUCACAAGUGGAGCGAGGUCCUCAGCCAUACCCCAAUUUUUUACAACAUAACAAUAUGGCCCAACAAAAUCUAUCAUCAAAGGAGAUCUUCGCUUUGGAGGAUCAAUAUGGAUGUCGCAAUUACGCGCCUUUGCCUGUAGCGUUAUGCAGAGGAGAAGGUGUAUUCGUAUGGGAUGUGGAAGGCAAGAAGUAUUUCGACUUCUUGAGUGCUUACUCCGCUGUGAACCAGGGACAUUGUCACCCAAGAAUUGUGAAGGCGCUAAAGGAACAGGCUGACCAACUAACAUUAGUGUCAAGAGCGUUUUACUCCGACCAAUUGGGCAAAUAUGAGAAAUUUAUGACAGAGCUGUUAGGCUAUGAUCGUCUACUGCCAAUGAACACAGGAGUUGAAGGUGGUGAGAGCGCUUGCAAGAUAGCCAGGAAAUGGGGAUAUGACGUCAAGAAAAUACCAAAAGACCAGGCAAAGAUAAUUUUCGCCGAGAACAACUUCUGGGGUCGCACGUUGAUGAUACCCUACAAUAAUAUACCAGCUCUAGAGAAAGCCCUCCAAGAUCCGACAAUAGCGGCUUUCAUGGUGGAACCUAUCCAAGGAGAGGCUGGCGUUAUAAUACCAGACGAUGGUUAUCUAAGGAAGGUUCGAGAGCUUUGCACUAAAUACAACGUCCUUUGGAUCGCUGACGAAGUUCAGACUGGACUUGGUCGGACUGGCAAAUUAUUUGCGGUACAACACGAGGGAGUGAAGCCGGAUAUUUUAAUACUCGGGAAGGCUUUGAGUGGAGGAAUACUUCCGGUAUCAGCUGUUUUAGCUAACAAUGACGUCAUGGGGGUUAUAACGCCGGGUACACACGGGUCGACGUAUGGUGGAAAUCCUCUUGCGUGUGCUGUCGCUACUGAGGCUAUUAAGGUAUUGUUAGAAGAAAAAUUACCAGAGAAUGCUGAAAGGCUAUGUAAAGUGUUCCGUGAGGAAUUGGAAAAAAUCCCCAAAUCAAAAGUAGUGGCGAUUAGAGGAAGAGGACUCAUGUUUGCAUCGAUGUUCAUUCGAGUAUUGACGCGUAUGACGUAUGCCUGA